AAAUAUCUCAGAGACCUAUAUCAAAUUAUGGAGAACUUGAAAGACCCCCAACAGAGUCUCCCAGAAGCAGGGAACCAUUCAACAACCAAUAUCAUGCAGCAGCCAUAUCAAUACAGACCCCUCGCAUCACUAACCUCAAUACGAGUUCUCUGCCUUCUGCCUUGCCGCGCAAGCCUCCAAGACAAACAGCUCCACUGUAAACUCGAAGAAGUCUCUCUAGAGAGCAACCCGGUAUUCCAAGCCCCCUCUUACACUUGGGGCGAGAAUGUUUUCCCGUGCACUUUACUCUGCGACGCUCACAAAAUCAAAAUAACGCAAAACCUGCGGGAUGCCCUCCUGAACUUCCAGCAACCAGACAAAGAGUUACGAAUCUGGAUCGACGCCAUAUGUAUUAAUCAAUCUGACACGGAAGAGAAGUCCCACCAGAUCCCGCUCAUGGAGGAUAUCUAUCGGAAGGCGUCAAAUGUAUUAAUUUGGCUGGGAACUGAGUCCGAGGGAUCCAAAGAGGCGAUGCGCUAUUUGACGCACAUUGGAAGCAAGUUCUUGGAACGUGGAGGUCCUGUUCUGGAGCCGAAGGUUGAACAACAUUGCGAAGAGCAUGGUGCAACAAACAAAGUGCUUUGGGAAGAAGUGUAUGGCGAUUCGGAAAUGAUGAAGAAGACAGAUGUGAUCUGGACGCGACCAUGGUUCUCUCGGCGGUGGGUUAUUCAAGAAAUCGCUUUUGCGAGGACGGCGACUGUUUACUGUGGCACAGAGAAGGUCGAAUGGGAUGUCCUGGCUAUGGCAGGUGAGGUUCUGGCGAGGUUGGAGGGUGAUGGGAGUCAGUAUCUUAACCGGAGGACAGGGAUGGGAAGGGGGGCUGUGACUAGAGGACUGCAGAAUAUCACGAAGGUUGCGAGAAUUAGGAAAGAUAUUUGGGCGAGUGAGAGAGAGGCGAUGGCGAUUCAGAUAUAUGCUUGUUUGGAAGAUGCUAGAGGGUUUGACUGCAGAGAUGACAAGGACAGGGUUUUUGCGCUGCUCGGUAUCUUCAAUCACCGCAGGAAGACCCCUUUCACUAUCGAGUAUAAAAGAUCCGAGGCAGAGGUCUUCGAAGCGUUUGCAAGAUAUUGCAUUCGAGAAAGUGGCAGCGUGGAUGUUUUGUCCUGGGCAGGAAUCUCGAACCAUCUGCUAUGUGGAGAGAGUUUGAAGAUUCCAUCUUGGGUCCCGGAUUGGAGGCUUCCAUUUCGCGGUCCUACUGAUAUGUUACGUGGAUUUGCCGCUGGUGGUAAAUUUGAGGCGACGCUCGAAUUCGACGAGUCGAACUCGGUGCUCGUGACAAGGGGAAAGUUGAUCGACAGGGUUCUUGCCGUGAUGCCGUGCGUUGGAGAAAUCGAGCAAGAAGAGUUAGCCAAGGGGGAACCAAAAUGGACAGUCGUCAAUCCUAGCUACGUUGGGUUGUGGUAUCAAUUUCUGGAGAUGAGACUUUUCGAGACCUUGGCUUUUGUUGGGAUGGACAGAUAUCCGUAUCGAGUGGGAGGGGGGUCUGUAUGGGCGGCACUUGCAAGGACUUUAAUCAUGGACGAUAAAGAGGUGACAUUCGACUACAAAAGACAAAUUGGCAACAUGCUCCCGGAACAGGUUCCCGACAAUGAACCCCAGCCAGAGCUUCCGGAUGAGUUCACCGGCUUUCGGAAUUGGAUUUACUUGAAGCUUGGGGAUCUGACUGGCCAGAACAGGAUCAUAACAUCGCCCGGUAUGGUUAUGAUUGACUACGAAUUGAUGACAUAUUUCAGUCGAGUGGUUGAUCGUUCUCAAGAAAGGAGAUUCUAUGUAACGAGAAAAGGGUACAUGGGCCUGGGGCCGAAGGAACUAGAGAUCAAUGACCAGAUCUGCGUCUUUGCUGGAUCAAGAGUACCACAUGCUUUGCGGCCACAAAAUGAGGACUUCAGAGCAUUUAACGAACCGCCCAGAAUCGAAUAUGAAUGGUGUGGCGAUGUGAAUGUUGGUGGAAUCGACGUGCCAUACGUAAAAAGGACACGCAAGGAGAAGUUCCGAUUGGUUGGGGAAUGCUACACUCAAGGGUUAAUGUCCGGCGAGAUUUGGAAGGUGGACACUGCGGUGCUUGAAGACUUCAUACUGGUCUAGCCAUGAGAUGUUCCAAAACUGGUCAUAAAAAUUUGUCCCUUACUCAUUUUAUCUCGCCUCUCCAACGGAAUAAUUCUUUAGUUUGGAGCUGGGACGAGAACAUGUAUUGGAAUGAAUAUUUCCAUCGUGGAGAUGGGGAAAAUGGUGCCAAGGUUCUUGAGGGGGUUUCUCAUCACAGGGGGAAGUGCAGGGGAGGAGUGGAAGAUUAAGACUUUCCGGUUCGCAA